ACCCCAUCCACCACCGCCAUAAUCUACGGUUUUCGCCUCAACCCAGCGUCUGGAUUUCGCCCGAUUGACAUUCGUCUUGAAGGUUCCCGGGGAUAGCGAAGCCGCGGGCAAUCCGAGAUGAGGUAAAUUUCUGCAAGUUGAGGCGCCCAGAUUAGCUCAAAAACGGUUCAAAUGCACGCGAAGGGGAAAAUCCGGGAGAGGCGAAAAGAGAGACACAAACAUCGGGGACCUCGUCUGAUCGAACGAUGUAUUAUAAGUAGUAUUAUUGUUAGACAUCUCGUCCUGCUCGGGAGCUCUGGAUGGAUCCCGGAUGUGUAGAAGGGAGGAAGGAAGAAGGAAACAAAGUAGAAAAGGGGAAAAAAGACGGCGAAGACGAAAUCCAAGGUCUGCGACGGUGAUGAUUCGUCACCCUUGCCGACACGCACCAGUGAGUAACGAGAUGCGGCUGAGAGAAGACCAAAGAGAGUGCUCGUACAGCGUCAGUUUCCAGACAAAUGGGUCGACCAAAACGAUUUGGGUGGAUGCGUGGGGGCAAACAAACCAAAAUUGCGUGUUGAUUGAAGAAGGAAGAGAAGAAGGGGAUUAAUUAGUGGUGGAUCCUUCGUCUCGUUUUUCUCCCGUCAGCAAGAGGAAACAAUAGAAUACCGUAGACGCACGAUGGAUGGCACCGGUACGGUAGCGUAGCUCUACUAUGGCGGAA